AUGCCUCCACCACACCCUUUACGGCGAGUCUCAACAGGGUCAUUAUCAUCUCUCGCUCGUUCGACCGACCGAAACACCUCGUCACCAUCUGGACUAGAUCAUCUGACAGGAGCAAUGGUAGAUCUCUCAGAUGAAGUAGCCACAUUGUCGUCGAACAUCCAGCAGAUGACCGCUCUUCAUGAUGCGCUGGGAACGUUCAACGAAGCAUUCGCUGGCUAUUUGUAUGCUUUGAAGAUGAAUGCUUUUUGUGUCGAAUGGCCUCAGGCGCCAAAUGAACAGAGUUUCGCCAGGAUGGAAUCAUUACAGGAGCCUGACCCCAUACCUCAAGCGACAACCUCAGCCCAACCGCCUACACCAAUCUCAGCUCCCUCUCGAACAUCCUCAUCAGCCAAUCCAGCAGAUAUGACUUACGCAACUGCAUACUCGUAUUCUGAAGAUGACCCAGUACCUCCUCCAAGAGCCAAAGCCACUGGGUUGAGGAAGCCUUCUGGUGGUGUAGCAGUUAGGAAGACCGCUGGUGCUGCUGCUGCAACAAGAAAGAAGCGGGAGUUGGAAGUAUCGGGGAUCAUAGAUACGUUGCCGCUAGAGUAUAGAGGCGGUGAACCUGUCGAACGAAUGCGUAUGGAGAAAGUUAUCAUGAAACUGAUGGAUCACCCUGAAGGCAUACCACUCAAAGAUAUGAUCUCACCGCCUGAUCUACCACAAGCCAAAGUGAAUAAAUGUUUGAUAACGUUAGUAGCGAAGAAACUGGUUCAGAAACCCAUAAUAAAUAAAGUCACGUUGUAUAAAUGGGUUGGAGUUUGA